CUGCCUCAUUUCAAUUCUCUCAAGCUACAUACACAGAUCAUACACAAUAUUGAUUAAGGUACAAUAAUGUCUCAAGAAAUAUCAGGGGCCGAAGAACAAGCAGUGAAAGCCUACGGAUGGGCAGCUAGAGAUUCCUCUGGUGUUCUUUCUCCUUUCCACUUCACCAGGAGAGGCAAUGGUGAUAAUGAUAUCAGCAUGAAGAUACUUUAUUGUGGAAUUUGCCACUCAGACCUUCACCUCGCUAAGGACGAAGUGGGAAUGACCAUAUAUCCCAUUGUCCCAGGACACGAGAUUGUAGGAGAAGUGACAAAGGUGGGGCGCAAUGUCACAAAAUUCAAAGUAGGAGACAUAGCCGGAGUUGGGUGCAUGGUGGGUUCAUGUCGCUCAUGCGACAACUGUACACAGGACCUGGAAAACUACUGCCCCAAAAUGGUGUGGACCUACAACAAACACCACGAAGACGGAUCAAGAACCUUCGGUGGAUACUCCGACAAGAUAGUAGUCGAUGAGCACUUCGUCGUUCAAAUCCCCAAAAACCUUCCACUACAAGGUACUGCCCCAAUGCUGUGUGCUGGGAUCACAGUUUACAGCCCUAUGAGAUACUUUGGACUGAUGGAGCCUGGAAAGCAUUUGGGUGUGGUGGGGCUUGGUGGCCUUGGCCAUAUGGCCGUGAAGUUUGCCAAAGCUGUUGGAGCAAAAGUUACUGUGAUAAGUACCUCCCCCAAUAAGAAGAAGGAAGCUGUGGAACAACUUGGUGUUGAUGAAUUUCUGAUUAGUCACGACCAAGAGCAAUUACAGGCUGCCAUGGGUACAAUGGAUGGUAUCAUCGAUACAGUUUCAGCCGCUCACCCUCUCUUGCAUUUGGUUGGCCUGUUGAAGACCAAUGGAAAACUAAUUCUGGUUGGUGCUCCAAUCCAGCCUCCUGAGCUACCAGUUUUCCCUUUAAUCUUGGGGAGGAAGCUUGUUGCUGGCAGUGCAAUUGGGGGAAUGAAAGAGACCCAAGAGAUGAUAGACUUUGCAGCAAAGCACGAUAUCACAGCAGAUGUUGAAGUUAUUCCAAUGGAUUAUGUGAACACUGCCCUUGAACGAGUUGCCAAGGCUGAUGUUAAGUACCGCUUUGUCAUUGAUGUGGCAAACACCAUAAAAUCUCCAUAUUAAUAUGAAAAUAACUUCCUAGCCAACAUGCCUUGUUUAGCAAUAAGAUGAAUUGCUAAGGAUCAUCAUCGCGCACAUGGGAUGUUUGGCCUUAU